GGGGCGUCUAUAGAUGGUUCGUCUAGGUGUUUUGGGUUUCACAUAUUCAUAGCUUUCUGUUGCUUCUUAGGAGCAAUCUUUGUUCCUGGAAAAUACAAGAUGGAGCCAGCGCGCAGGGAUCGCCUCACUCUUGCACGGGCGCGGGGCUUUGUCCUGCCUUCAGUUCGCCGCGGCGGUAGCGUUGUCGCGUGAGGGUGGGGUCAUUUUAUUCCCUCCCCCGCAAGAGGAGAGGCCGACGCGGGGGAAAACCCUGGCGGAUGAGAAGCCAGCGCGGCGGAGGCCCAAGACAUGAGCAUCAUGGCCAGCGACGAAGGAGAACGUCCGCGCCCAACCAUCCGCCCGCCCUUUCGGCCUCGCGCUGCGAGUGCGCGCCACCCGGGGCGCAGCCGCGGCCCGCUUGUUGCGCCUCCCGGUUAGUUUGGCGCUGGUUUUCCCCAGGGCGGGGCCGCGCAUCCGUCUGCUCGGCCGGCCCCGGCGCCGAGCCCUUUACUUUUAGUGGGCGGCCGGCCCCUCCGCGCGGCCGGUCUAUUGGUGGGCAGCCAGGCUCGCGCUUGUUCGUCGGUUUCGGGUGCGUGUUUCCCUAUCAUCGGCCCAGGCCUGCCGGGCCUCAUCUUCGUGUGUGCCGGGUGCAUACCUACCCGCCCGGCCCCCGAGGUUGCGGGGCCUGUGAGGGCGCGUCGCCCCGGCGGAGGAGCGGCGCCGCCGUGGAACGUGCCGACGGACAUACGGCAUCGGGAGUUCGCUGCGCCCCUCCCAUUUAUUCGCGCGUAUGUGUUGUGCCGGCCCCUGGGCUGCAGCAUCCAUUGGUUUCUGGAGAUGGCAUUCGAGCCUGUCGGCCGAAGAGAGACCUGAGGGCGCGGUAUGCCGAUUGCAUUGGCGCGAACGCGCCAAACGCGUCGCGCGCGCUGUCGUGCAGUCAAGCGUAUAUGUUCGACUCCGAAUUGGAAACAAGGCGAGUGAGAUACAGAAAUGAGAGGGACGAGAGAUCCGGUUUUGGUACAGGGGUAGCGGGGCACUGGAACGCCACGACGCCACAUUGCGGGGAGCGCUACAUACGUAGUUGUAUUCGCAGUGUCAAUUCUCCCCAGCACGCUCCUCUCUGUCAGUUACACUCCCUCGCGCGGCGGCGUCGGUCGAAUCUUCGUCGCGGCAGCGAUCUGAACUGCAAAGACAGCCGCGAUCUGAUCUGUCAAGGCAGCGAAAAACCCCGCGAAAGAAAAAUCUUCGCCGGCAACAUGGUGGACUCUUUGAAGGUUAUCGCAAUCGACCUGGACACGGUCUUGCUGAAGGGACUGGAAUAUGCAUUGCAAAAGAUAAUUUAGAUUAUGGUUUUGGAAACAUCGGUUCGAAAGAUACAAAAAUCGUAAAAUUUUCAUCAGGCUUAAUACUUAAACUGCAUGCUAGCAACUAGGAGCGGCUCUUCAUCGUGAUUCUGCGUGGAAGAGAAUCUUUCAGUACAUGUUAUCAUGCUGAAAUCCAUGAUUUGCAAUUGCAUAUUCCAGACUACGUGAUGAGCGUCCGGAAGAUGUUCCGCGGGAAGAAAAUGCCGGCGCUCUGGGUGUAUGCUUUGCACAAGUACUGUACUAGUAGGAAUCGCAGUUAUGCAUGACAAACAAGGCCCGAGCGUGGGGACAGGGUCCCCACGCGGGCCCUUGGCUUCGGUUUCGGCUUGAGGAUUCGGCCUGGGGGUUCGGCCUGGGGUUUCGGCUUCAGGCGACGGCGACAGACAGGCGACGGCGUUGGACUGUGGUGCGCCCCGUUCAGAAAUGCCACCGCCCCAGAGGCGUAGGCCGAGCGCUGCGAAGUUCGCCGAACAAAUCUGGACGCUGGGCGCCGCUCUCUCGCAUGAGAGCAAGGGCCGAGGCACGAGGCCAGGGCGAUAGUCGGGGAGGCAAGGAACAGAGCGGGGCAAGGUUGGCCCGCUGCACUGCUUUGCUUGCGGCCUUGGGUUUUCGGCAGAGGGGCCCAAACUGGAAAAAGUUUCCAAGCUUUCCAAGAUUCCCCGCCGCCGCAUUACCUACGGGCGCGCGGCCAAAAAAAAAACGCGGCCGCGGGGCUUCGCGCGAUCGCCGGAGAAGCACGGAACGGAGCGGGCCAGAGCUGACCAGCUGGACAGACUGCUAGCUGCGAUUGCGGCCUCCGGUUUUCGGAAAAGCGGCCCACGAAAAAGCUCCGCAGACUUUUUUCGAGAUCCCUUGCCCUCGUAUUAGCUACGCCCAAAAUGCGGCCGGCCCAGGGGGGGGGGCUUCGCGCGGUAGGCGGAGAAGCAUUGAGCAGAGCGGGUAAGGCUGGCCAGCGCACCCCUUUGCGGCUUCGAGUUUUCGGAAAAGCCGGCCAAUUUUUUCAAGCUUCUUCAAGCUUCCCAGCCUUCGCACUGCCUACGGGCAAAAUGAGGCCUCGCGCGGUAGCCGGAGAAACAGAGAGCGGACAUAGCGGAGCAAGGCUGGCGAGCUGGAUGGCUUUGUGGCCUUGGGUUUUCGGAUAAGGUGGCUCAGCUUGAAGCCUUCAAGCUUUUUCAAGACUUCCCGCCCCGCGACUACCCACGGCCAAAAUGUGGCCCCGGGGCUUCGCGCGAUAGCCGGAGAAGAGAAGAACAGAGGGAGGGAGCGGGGCAAGGUUGGCCAGCUGUGUUGCUUCCUUUGCGGCCUUGCGUCGGUUUUCGGAAAAGCUGGCCACACUUGAAAAGGCUUUGCCACUUUCCUCAAGGUCCCCCGCCCGCGUUCGUAUCACCUACGGCCAAAAUGUGGCGGGCCUCGGGGUUUCGCACGAGCGCCGGAGAAGCAAGGAACAGAGCGGGGCAAGGCUGGCCAGCUCGCUGGACCGCUUUGCGGCCUUACAUUCCCGGAAAAGCUUGCCAAGCUCCCCAGAGCUUUCUGCGUUUUCCCGAGACCCCCCUUCCCGACUUCGCACUGCCUACCGCCAAAAUUUGGCCCCGGGGCGUUCCGCGAUAGCCCGAGAAGCAGGGAGCCAACAGAACGGAGCAAGGGAUGGCUGGCUCGCUGGGCUGCUUUGCGGGCUUGGCUGAGUUUUCGGAAAAGGCGGCGAGACUUCGGAGCUUUUGCAAGACCUCCCAGGGUCGCACCGCCUGCAGCCAAAGUGUGGCGCUGGGGCUUCGCGCGCUAGGUAGCUCAGGGAGCAAAAAUGAAGCAAAGCGGGGCAAGGCUUGCCGGCGGGACUGCUUUGCGCGCGGCCUUGCGUUUUCGGAAACGCUGGCCAAGCGAACCGGGAAAAACUACCGAGGCCGAUGCAAGAUAGAGGCGGCCCCGCGGCUUCGCGCGAUAGCGGGGGAAGCAAGGAGCUGUCGGAGGGGGGCAUGCAAGGCCGGCCAGUUGGCCUUGCGUUUUCGGAAAAGCGGGCCGGACUUGAAACAAUUUUUCAAGUUUUUUCGCACUCCCCUUCCCCCGCCCAGCUUCGCACUACCUACGGCCAAAGUGUGGCCGCGGGGCUUCGCGCAAUAGCCGGAGAAGCACGGCACAGAGCGGGGCAAGGCAGGCCGGGGCCGGCUGGACGGCUUUGACUGAGGCCUGGGGGCUUCGGAAAAGCUUGCCAAACUUGCAAAAAUUUUUUGAAGUUUUUUCACGAUCUCCCGCCCGCCUUCGCAUUGCCUACGGCCACCCUUUGGCCCCGCGGCGUCGCGCGAUAGCUGGGGAAGCUAGGAUGGAUGGAAAGGAGCGGGGCAAGGUUGGCCUGCCGGAUCGCUUUGCGGCCUUGGGUUUUCGGAGAAGCUUGCCAGGCUUCCAAGCUUUAUUUGCCAAGUUUUUUCAAGAUCGCCCGCCCUCGCAUUACCUCCGGGCAAUGUGAGGGCGGCCCCGGGGCUUCGCGCGAUAGCCGGAGCAGCAAGGAACAGACAGAGCGGAGCAAGGCUGGCCAGCUGGUCUUUUUUGAUUGCGGCCUCGGGUCGGUUUUCGGAAAAGCCUGCCGAGCUUGCAAGUUUUUUUUUUCGAGUUUUUCGCAUGACCUGCGGCCAACGCGUGGCCUCGGGGCUUCGCGCGAUAGCAGGAUAAGCAGGGAACAGAGCGGGGCAAGGCUGGCCAGCCGGAAGGCUAUGCGGCCUCGGACAGACUUCCGGGACAGCUGGCCAAACUUGGAAGCUUUGGCCGCUUUGUCAGGUUUUUUCAAAAUUCCCCGCCGUCGCACUCCCUGCGGCCAAUCCGUGGCCCCAGGACUUCGCGCGAUAGCCGGAGAAGCAGGGGAAAGAUACGAGCGGGGCAAGGCUGGCCAGCUGGGCUGCGCUGCGUGCGGCCUCGCUUGGGUUUUCGGAAAAGAUGGCCCGGCUUGGGGGCUCUUUUCAAGUUUCCCAAGGUGUUCCGCCUCGCAUUACCCCCGGCCAAUCUGCGGCCUCGGGGCUUCGCGCGAUAGCUGGAGAAGCAAGGAACAGAGCGGGGCAAGGCUGGCCAGCUGGACUGCUUUGCGGCCUUGGGGGGUAGGUUUUCGGAAGCGCUAGCCUAACUUGAGAACUUUUCUCAACUGUCUGCAAGGUCCCCGGCCUUCGCACCACCUGCGGCCUCGGGGCUUCGUCCGAUAGCCGGAGAAGCGAGGAACAGAGCGAGGCAGGCCGGCCAGCUGGACUGCUUUGCGGUGUCGGGGGGUUUUCGGAAAAGCUAGCCAAACUUGCGAAAUCUUUUCAAGCCUUUUCAAAGGGUCCCCGCCUUCGCAUUACCUGCGGCCAAUCUGUGGCCUCGCCUCGGGGCUUCGCGCGGUACAUAGCCGCAGAAGCAAGGAGCAGACAGAGCGGGGGAAGGCUGGCAAGCGGGACGGCUUUGCGGCCUUGGGUUUUCGGAGCAGCUGGCCAAAGUCGAAAAGUUCUGCCGAGGUUUUCCAAAGUUCCCCGCCUUUACAUUACCGACGGCCAAUCUCUGGCGGGCCGCGGGGCCGCUUCGCGCGAUAGCCGGAGAGGCAAGAAACAGAGCGGGCGAAGGCCGGCCAGCUGGACUGCUUUGCGGCCUUGGGCUUUCGGGGGGGCUGGCCUAACUUGGCAAAUCUCCCCGAGCUGUUUCAAGGUUUCCCGCCUUCACAUCGCCUACGGCCGGUUUGUUGUUGGCCUCGGAGCUUCGCGCGAUGGUCGGGGAGGCAAGGAACAGACCGGGGCAAGGCGGGCCAGCUCGUUGGGCUGUUUUGUGGCCUUGGGCCUUCGGAAAAGCGGGCCAAACUUGAAAACUUUUCGCAACUUUUUCCCAGAUUCCCCACCUUGUUCGCAUUACCUGCGGCCAACUUCUGGCUUCGGGGCUUCGCGCGAUAGCCGGAGACGCAAGGAACAGAGCGGGGCAAGGCUGGCCGGCUGGACUGCUUUGCGGCCUUGCGUUUUCGGGAAAGCGGGCCAAACUGGAAAAAUUUUCUCAAGGUUUUCCAAACUUCCCCGGCUUCGCAUUACCUGGGAGCGGCCAAUCUGUGGCCUCGCGGCUUCGCGCGAUAGCCGGAGGGGCAAGGAAAGGAGCGGGGCAAGGCUGGCCAGCUGGACUGCUUUGGUUGCGGUUUUGGCCAAACUCGAGAGCGCUCCCGCGGCUUUCGGGCUUUUACUUUUUCAAGCCGCCCCGCUUUCGCAUUAUCUCCGGCCAGUCUGUGGCCCCGAAGCUUCGCGCGCGCGAUAGCCGGAGAAGCAAGGAACAGGGCGGGGCAAGACUGGCCAGCCUGGGAUGCUUUGCGGCCUUGGCUUUUCGGAAAAGCUUGCCAAACUCCAAGCAUUUUUCCAAAUUCCCCGCGCCCGUUCGCAUUCCCUCCCAACCCUUCGGCCAAUUUGUGGCCCCGGGGCCUCGCGCGAUAAGUGGCGAAGCAAGGAACAGAGCGGGGCAAGGCUGGCCAGCGCGCUGGACUGCUCUGCUGCCUCCGUGCUUUUUCAAUAUGCCCCGCCUCGCAUUACCUACGGCCAGUCCGUGGCCUCGGGGCUUCGCGCGAUAGCCGGGGAAGCAAGGAACAGAGCGCGGCAAGGCUGGCCAGCGAGCUUGACUGCUUUGCGGCCUUGGGUUUGCGGAAGAGCUGGCCAAAGUGUCAAGGAGCCCCGCCGUCGCAUCACCUGCGGCCAAAAAUUUGUGGCCUCGGGGCUUCACGCGAUAGCCGGAGAAGCGGGGAGCAGGGCGGGGCAGGGCUGGCCAGCUGGACUGCUUUGUUUGCGUGUUGCCUUUGGUUAGUUUUCGGCAUUACCUAAGCCCACCGCCUCGGGGCUUCGCGCGAUAGCCGGAGAAGGAAGGAACAGGGCGGGGCAACGCUGGCAAGCUGGACCGCUUUGCGGCCUUGCGUUUUCGGAAAAACUGGCCAAACUUGGGGAAUUUCCUCAAACCCUUCCAAGGCCUUCCGCCUUCGCAUUACCUUCAGCCAAUCUGUGGCGUCGGGCGGGGCUUUGCGUGGUAGCCGGAGAAGCAAGGGGCGAGGGAGCAAAGAAAGGAUGGAAAGGCCGGCCCCGGCCUGCUUUUUGGCCUUGGGUUUUCGGAAAAGCGGGCCAAGCUUGCGCGCUUUUGUUUCUCGAGUUCUUUCAAGGUUUCCCGCCCGCGCAUUACCUUCGGCCGCUUUGCGGCGUCGGGGCUUCGCGCGAUAGCCGGAGAAGCAAGGAACAGACGGGCAGGGCAAGGCUGGCCUGCUGGGCUGCUUUGCGGCCUUGGCUCUUCGGAGAAGCUGGCAAAAUUUGGAAAUUUUUUCAAGUUUUUCCAAGGUUCCCCGCCUUCGCAUUACGAGCGGCCGGCCAAACUGUGGGCGGCCUCGGGGCUUCGUGCGAUAGCCGGAGAGGCAAGGAAGGGAACAGAGCGGGGCAAGGCUGCCCAGCUGGUCGGCUUUGCGGCCUUGGUUGGGUUUACGGAAAAGCUAGCCAAACUUGCGAAAUUUUGCCAAGUCUUUCCGAGGUUUUCCGCAUUCGCAUCACCAGCAGCCAACGCAUGGCCCCCCUGGCUUCGCACGAUAGCCGGAGGGGCACGGAGCAGGGCGCGCGGGGAAAGGCUGGCCGGCUGGACUGCUUUGCGGCCCUGCCUUGGUUUUCGGAGAAGCCGGCCAAGCUUGAGGGCUUGUCUUUUCGGGCUUUUCAAAAUUUCCCGCGUUCGCUUUACCUACGGCCAUUGCUUUGCCUCGGGGCUUCGUGCGAUAGCCGAAGAAGCAAAGAACAGAGCGGGGCAAGGCUGCCCAGGCAGCUGGGCUGCUUCAUGGCCUUGGAUUUUCGGAGAAGCUUGCCAAACUUGAAAGCUUUCGAACUUUUCCAAGAUUCCCCGCCGGCCUCCCUUCGCAUUACCUGCGGCCAGUCUGUGGCCUCGGGGCUUCGCGCGAGAGCCGGAGAAGCAGGGAGCAGAGCGGGCCAAGGCUGGCCAACUGGGCCGCUUUGUCUGUGGCCUGGCUUACUUUUCGGAAAAGCUGGCCAAACUUGAGAAAUUUUCUGAAGGCUGCCAGUCUUGGAAAUACCUGCGGCCGGCCAAAAUGUGGCCUCGGGGCUUCGCGCGAUACCCGGCACCCCAGGGACGGAACAGAGCGGGGCAAGGCUGGCCAACUGGAUUGCUUUGCGCCCUUGGAUUUUCGGAUAAGCUCGGCAAACUUGAAAAAGUUGCACGCUUUUCCAAGAUUCCCCGCCUUCGCAUUACUGACGGCCAAAAUGGCGCCCCGGGGCUUCGCACGCGGAGCGGGCUGCAACCCCUCGAGAAAUUUUCGCGCGUAUUCGUCCCAGCAGAAGGCCUCUCCCUUCAAGACUCGGGGCGGGCCCCAUACUCUUGCGCAAAGUUUUCAAAUAUUCCAGAACACAACCCCCGCCCGAAUAUUCGCGAGUAUAUCAGGGCAAUCCGAAGCCCUUCGGAGAAUAUUCGCGCAUAUUCCAGGACAGUCCAGACCCCUACUGAGGCUGUUCGCGAAUAUUCCACCACGGACGCAACACCUUCCCCGGCUGUUGGCGAAUAUUCCCCGAGCACCCGAAGACCCGGGGCGGGCCCUACACUCUUGCGAAAUGUUUCCGGAUAUUCCAGAACACAACCCCCGCCCGAAUAUUCGGAUACAUAUUUAUCACGGCGGUCCGGAGCCCCCCGGGAAAUAUUCGCGAGCAUUCCAGAGCACGACCCCUUCCCCGACUCUUCGCGAAUCUUCCAGAACCAAACCCCCCCCCGACUAUUCGCGAAUAUUCCAACCAGGAAAACCGGGAGACUCCUGGCGGGCCCAAUAUUCUUGCGAAAUAUUCCCGAACAUUCCAGAACACAAGAACCCCCGCCCGAAUGUCCGCGAAUAUUUCAGGGCAAUCCGAAGCCCCUUGGGACUUGCUCUCGAAUAUUCCAGAACCAACAAAACCCCCUCCCCGGCUCUUCGCGAAUAUUCCAGAGGAAGCGAAACUACCCUUGGCCCGCCUCUUCGCGAAUAUUCUUUCUAGGAGCAUACCCCUGCAGACCCCUGGCGGGCCUCCUGCUCCUGCGAAAUAUUUCCGAAUAUUCCAGAACACAACCCCCGCCCAGAUAUUUUUGACUAUACCAGGGCAGCCCGAAGCCCCUUGGAGGGGAUCGUCCAGUCUUAACUGGCCGACUGAUGCCCGAAGGCCCGAUACCGUAUAGAAUCCGAGGACUCGAGAUAACUAGACGCGGCGCAUCAUAGCUUCUAGCUUCCGAAGAAGCAUAAUCUGCUAGGCUCCGAGGAGAAUUAAUUACAAAUCGGUUUGCUUAUUGAAUCGUCACUGGAUCGGUAAGAUCUAGUCUCCGAGGAGCUCUCAAUAGUCGUAUAGCCUCCAAAGAGUAUUUUUUUGAUAACUGCUUGCUGUCGCUUGCGAGUCUCUUUUUUUUUGGCGAUGCUGAGAAAGGCUCCGAGGAGCAAAUAUCAAGUUCAUCGAGGUAAUGUUGAUUUUAUCCAAAGUUAGUUCGCCGAAGCCCCUUGGAAAGUAUUCGCGAAUAAUCCAGAGCAAAACCCUUCCCCCGGCAAUUCGCGAAUAUUCCACAACAGACCUCCGCUUCCGGCUGUUCGCGACUAUUCUACGAACGCCCGGGGACUCGGGGUGGGCCCUAUGCUCUUGCGAAAUAAUUGCGAAUAUUCGAGAACACAACCCCCGCCCGAAUAUUCGCGAGUAUAUCAGGACAGCGAGCCCACAGCCCCUUGGGAAGCCUCUGCGAGUAUUCCAGAGCAAAACCCCCUCCCCGGCUCUUCGCGAAUAUUCCAGAACCAAACCCGCCCCGGGUUGUGCGCGAAGAUUCUCCCGAAAGGACACCUGAAGACCCUUGGCGGGCCCGAUAGGUGGUCUUGCGAAGUGUUUCGGAAUAUUUCAGAACACAGCCCCCGCCCGAAUACUCGCGAAUAUACCAGGGCAGUCCGAAACCCCGGCCGGGGAGAGUGCUCGCAGAUAUUCCAGAACAAAACCCCUGCCGCGGCUCUUCGCGUAUAUUCCACGAACAGCUGAAGGCUCUUGGCGGGCCUCAUGCUUUUGGAGGUAAGUGCUUUCGAAUAUUCCAGAACACAACCCCCGCCCGAAUGUGCGCGGAUAUUCCAGAAGAAAACCCCUGCCCCGGCUAUUUGCGGGCAUUCUACUAAAAACGCUGGAAAUCAGUCCGAGGCGCUUUUUUUCGGGCGCGAUCGGCUUCUCCUUUAUUUGCGAAAAGAAAAGGCAAAGAGCCAAAGUGCGUCAGACUUUCCUUCCGGGCUCUGGAAUCAGACACCCCAGGCGACAGGCGGCGGCGACAGGCGACGCGACAGGCGAAACGACAGGUGGAGCGACAGGCGAAACGACAGGCGACGACGCCAGGCCAAAAGCUGCAGCGCUUCAUGCGGUUCCGCACCAGCAGCAGCAACAAAAAAAAGCAAAGGGCUAUUGAGUUCCGCGAGCAACAAAGCAGUUUUUUGAUUUUUAUUCACGUGCAUAAAAUAGUCCCGGUUUUUCGGAUAUGAAUGCGCUGGCUAUUUUUUACACAUGAAUAAAAAUAAAAAAGUUGGCUUUUUCUUCUCGGAAGUAGCUGAGUCGUUGCUUUUUUUUGUUGCUGCUGCUGGUGCGGAACCGCGUGAGAAAUUGCCACUUUUGGCCUGUCGCCGUCGCCUGUCGUUUCGCCUCUCCUUUCGCCUGUCGUUUCGCCUCUCCUUUCGCCUGUCGCCGUCGCCUCUCGUCCUCACCUGUCGCCGUCACCUGUCGUCUGGGGUAUGUGAAAAAAAUAGCUCUUUUGUUUUUCUUCACGUGCAAAAAAUAAUUAGUUUCUUCUUAUCCGAAAAAAUAAUUAGUAAUUAAUUAUUUUUUCGGAUAAGAGUGAAGCAAUUAUUUUUAUUUUUUGCACGUGAAUAAAAAUAAAAAAAACUAUUUUUUUUUUGUCGAAAGUCAAUAACAAUUUUAUUUAUUUUUUUGCUUGGAAUGUCCAUGCUGCUUGUGCGAAACCGCAUGGGAAGUUGCCACUUUUGGCCUGUCGUCGCCGCCUGUCGUUUCGCCUCUCCUUUCGCCUGUCGUUUCGCCUGUCCUUUCGCCUGUCGUUUCGCCUGUCGUUUCACCUCUCGCCGCCACCUGUCGCCGUCACCUCUCGCCGUCGCCUCUCGUCUGGGGUAUGUGAUUACAGAACCCGGAAGUCAAGCAAUAUAAAUAUUAAUCCAAUUUUCCGUGUGAAAUAGCAUGACAAAUUGUAUUUUUGUGGUUGAGAAAAUUUGUAAUACAAGAACUCAUACUCAUACGAUACUUUUGCAAUGCAUAGUGUGUGGAUUCCGGAUUUUUUCAAAGGGUUUUACGAAAACUCGCAGCUUAACCAGUAUCCACAGUAAAUUUCCCGUACAACACGUACAAAUGCAGUCUCUGCAUGAUAAAACUUGCCUUCAAUCCUAGUCUAGCAUGACAAGUUGGACAGUUCAAGUUAGCGAAAUUUGUCAUGCAUUUUGUACAUCUGCGGCAAAUUUACGUUGCAUAACCAGGUAUGAGAGUGCACAGCCCUUCCACCUCCGCCUCAUUUGUAUAAUGCAAAGUGCCGACUGCAAUAUGACAAAAGUAGCUACAAGAACGAUAUUCUCACUCGAUAUCUAGUAGUAGUACCUUCAUAGAUUUAGAUCUGUCAUGCGAAGAAAACUGUAGACUGUCCAGAGCUGUUUGUCUUGCGAAGAUUGAUGACCGUCUAGCUCAAGUGCGGGGGAGGGGGGCUUCUGCACUCGCAUACCACGCCAAGUGUAUCGAUUACUUUCUCGUCGGCCCGUUUCAGACCGGAGAUUAUUUACCGAACCAGCUAUGAAAGACAAAAUCGACUUCCAUGCGGAAGAUUAAACAUACCCUUCAGACGAGUUGUUCUUUUUCCAUUUUUGCCAUCAAGCACAGGCUCGCGCGAAAACAAAAGAACAGCUGCUGCAUGAUAUCCAGCUUUAGAAACAAGCUUUUACUUCAUCUUCUUCGAAGUAGAUUUUGUUCCGCCCAUAAGACGUCCUGCUCUUCUCCAGAUCGGUGAAAACUCUGCUACCGAUACGGGAGAAAAAACUUUGUCAAACAAUCGUCGGCGACUCAUUACAGGUAAAGCGGCAUCAAAUUCUCAUGCAGAAGUUAUGAUGCGGUAUCGUAUGAGUUUGUAAUGCGUGUAGAUGAUGACGGGACUGGAGGUCAUGUUUUGCACCGGUAGUGGAGGACGAUCCCUGUGCUAUCUAUAACAAAACUCAAAGAUGUUUUACCCAUUCCAAUCAGGUGCUUGGUAUGAAAAUGUCAAUUAUGUCAGGGGAAAGUUGAUCUUUUUCGGAACAGAAGAUUUGUUUUUAUGAUUUUUGCCUUUGACUAAAAGAUGAAUUUUGGUGAAAUGAUUUUUCUGUAAUUUCGAUGAAAAAAACGGCUUUACUCAUCCUCUUGACUUUUCAUACUCGAGUCGGCCAACGCAACCUUCACCGGAGAAUACAAAUUUGAACUGACCACGUCCCGUAUGAAAUGCUAUAAUCAAAGGAAGACCUCCGCCUGGAAUUUGAUCUCAUGUAGAAAACGAGAAUGAUAAAAACGCGGAAUAAAUUCUCUCUAUGCUCCUCCCACAGCAGCUGUACGAAAAAAUAUAUAUUCGUCGUUUUCGCAUGACAAAUUCCCGCUGAGGUUCGUGCAUUUUUUACACUCCAUAAACGAGAAAGAGUACCUGCAAUACCGCCGGAAAUCAAAGAUUUACCAGUACCUACAAUUCAGCGGCAGUCUGGACGAUCUAAACAAGUUAUUUCACGUAAAAUCAGCAGUGAUGGUUAUUACUAUACGAUGAAGUACUAACUACGCAUCAAUUUGUCAUGCGCGUCGCAACAUGCUCAUAGCAGAAAGAGCGCCAACUUUUUUUGCAACAUUGAUUUUACUUCGUUCGUCGCGCAUGACAAGUUCGAAUCGGUUUAGUCUGAGGCUCUGCUGAUUGUAAACGGGAUAGAGCGGACUGUGGAUCCAGGAGAAGUGUGAGGGAGUAGUGAUAACCGGAGGCAUAUCCAGGAAAAAAACACCCAUCCACAUUCGUUUUGUGAUGCAAAACAUGCAUAAACUGCACUGUUUACCAUGCAAAAAAUGGAUGCGGAUGGGUGUUUUUUCCUCGAUAAGGCAAUUUGAUCGCCACCAGCAAAACCGCCAUAGAAGAGUGGGAGAGCAUCAUACUAUGAAAGUGGACAUCAGCCGUGCGGCAUCCCCUUCUCCGCAUUCAAAUUUCAACCCAACACCAAGUAGUUUUUUUCGUUUUGCAUGACCAGAGCCCAAUCAAUCUUGUUGCAUAUCCAUCUUACAACGGAAGUUAUGCUUCUCGUCGUAUUUUCCGUUCUGCAGCUCGUGCCUUAGUACAAAUCCAUGAAUUGAGACAAGUUUUCCACUUUCAUACGCACGGAAAGAGCUAGAAUACAUUCCCGACAAGGACGGCACCGAUGGCCCACCAGAGCCGAAAUCGGAGAGACGGUCUUCCGGAAGGACAAGCGGUUCAUCUUCUUCGAAACACAAAGAUACUUCCGACACUGCAUAUCCGCGGAUGGAAUGAAAUCGCGUUUCGUGGGGUUGUCCUUGUUAGUGAGAAGUGCGAGGACGCACUUAUUAAUUCGCAAGCGAUGUUGGAAAAAACGAAAAGCAAAAGUAAGUAGUUGUACUACAACCAAAAAGCAGGAAAAAUUUUUUUUCAGCACCUGAUGACCUUGUGUAGUUGUAACCGCGCCGCGCGAUUUUGAUUUUCCUUCCAUACCUCUCGCGGUGACGGAACCACGGGGAGGAAAAGCCGGUCGAGCGAAACUACGUCUGCGGCGGGAGGAGGUGUGAAGUCCAGGAUUGAGGGAUUGGCACGGGAAUCCACCGGGUCAACAGCGGCGAGCAUGCACGCACACCAGCCGCGCGUGAUCUCCAUGGAACAGCUAUCCUGUGCAAAAGUAUCGCACUCGUACUGAUUGCAGAUAUGCAUGACAAAUCCAACUUUCUACCUGAAACGGCAUGACAAAUUGCAAUGCGUUUUAUACUAGUACGAUGCUUUUGCAAUGCAUAACAGCCUCCGAAUAGCAACCCCGCCUCCCGGAGUAUUUCGACUGAAGAACAAAACAAAUCCGGGGAUGGAGCUGCGGCCGUGGCGCCUCCAGUAUGAAAGAAAAGACCGGGUUGCAGGGAUUGGAAGUUUACCUUUAGUACACGUACAUAGAUCGAGGCACUUCUUUAUCUUUUCGAAGAGAGAAAGUGACUUUCGACGAAAAGAUAAAGAAGAGAAAUCGACUUUCUGAAAGACGAUUAAAGGAAAAGCGAUGCUGAGGCCGACGUACUGGUUCUUUUUGAGAAUAGUCUAGGAAUAAGAGGUUCCAAUCUGAUACUGCAGCCUUUUUUUCUCGGCGCCAUACCUGCAAAUGAACAAGAGCAAAUCGCAAGAGGAGCUGGAAAUGGCGUUGCUGAUCUCCAUGCAGGAAAAGGAGGCAGCCGAAAAGCGAGAAGCGGAUGAAAUAUGGAGGAGAAUGCGAGAAGUUGCUGCCAGUUGCUAGACAAGAGCACAACAUUGAGUAGCGCAUGAAUUUGAUGAAUUAUAACGCAUCUACUGCAUAGUAGAGAGGGCUAAUGAAUGGAUGCAUAGAUGAUCAUGAAGUUGAGAAAUUCCUGCUCCUCGUCAGCAAAGCGCAGCUGCGGCGAGCUUUUUGCACUUUCAUACACCCUUGCAGCAGCGGUCAACGCGAGUGUCCAGCUGCAACACCAUGGAGGGAAUCCGAGCAUAGAAUUGGUGGAUUGAACCACGGAGCGCUAAUAAGCAAACUUUGCUCUUGCUUCUUUGACCGAAUCGAAAAUCAGCACAGAGAAAGGAAGUUCCAUCCGCGAUACAAAACAGAAAUAUUCCCAGUAAAUGGAGACGAAAGUAGAUCAAAGACGAAGCAAACUCACUGCGGCCAUACUCAGGCCAAUGCGAGGAUCGCA